CUGCGGAGCUGCGGAUUUUUUGGGCUCGAUGCCAGCGGCGGCCAGGCAUCAGCCUUCGCUUUCCCCUCUUCCACGUCCACCCACCAGCCAUUCGGUCAAGCCAGCCGACUCGAGUGUGUCACGUUCAAGCCAAACGGUGGCAUAGAUGAAGGUCGUCGGCCUGCUUUCUGGCGGCAAAGAUAGCUGCUACAACCUCUGUCAUGCGGCCAAGCAAGGUCACGAGGUUGUAGCUCUGGCCACAUUGGGUCCUCCGGACGGCACAGAGGAGCUGGACUCGUACAUGUACCAGACUGUCGGACAUGAUGCUGUGCACUUGGUCGCGCAAGCGAUGGAGCUGCCGCUGUACAAACGAGUCAUUUCUGGCAAGCCCGUCAAGUUGGGCAGCGACUACGGUUCCCGACUGCCGCUCCCGCAUCAGAACGCAAGCUCGAGCGUAGCAACCAACAAAACGUCUGGCUUUUCUGCCUCUUCAGAGAACCGCGCCGCUGCUUCGACCUCCUCAACUGCAGAAGAGCAAGACGAAACGGAGGAUCUGUACCAGCUCUUGUUGAACGUCAAGCAAGGUUAUCCUGAUGUGGAAGGCGUCUCAGUAGGAGCAAUCCUUUCCAAUUAUCAGCGGGUCAGGGUGGAGCAUGUCUGUCUUCGAGCAGAUUUGAAGCUCUUGCCUCUUGCUUUCCUCUGGCAGCGGCAUCAAAGCCAGCUGCUGGAUGAGAUGUGCAGCGCCGAGCUCGAGGCUGUACUCGUCAAAGUGGCUGGUAUUGGCUUGGAAGCGAAACACCUGGGCAAGAGUCUAGCACAGAUGCGACCGACUCUGAAGAGACUAAAUGACCUCUACGGCUCUCACGUUUGUGGGGAAGGCGGGGAGUACGAGACGCUGACUCUGGACUGUCCGCUUUUCAAGCGUCGCAUAGUGCUCAAUGAGACUACGACACAGGUCCACUCAGACUCCGGCUUUGCCUCUGUCGCAUACUUGCAGAUCAAGCGGGCACACCUAGAAAAGAAGUCGGAUGAUGCCUCUACUUUGCAAGACGUCCCUGUGCCGCCCCUGCUGGACGCGCUUGGCGAGCGCACAAGGCGUGCUGCUGCGAGCUUAGGCGGGCCCGGCGAUGCUGUAUCCGGUCUGGCAGCCUCCGUGACGAGAUCACGUCUGCGUACGGCUGGCCCUACAUUUGCGAAAGCGAUUGAUGAACAGCCUCUCUACACCGCAUCCAAGAAGGGACAUCUUCUUGCUGUGGGCGGGAUCCAUGGAAAAGUCAGCGGCGAGAUGCCAGCAGUCGCGAAACUAGCAAACGUCUCGGAUGAUCCCGCUGCUGAAUUGCAAAGCCAAAUCACGACCGCGUUUCAACGGCUGCAAGAUGCGCUUGCGAAGUACGACCUUUGUUUGGCUCAUAUCCAUCAUUUGAACCUCUAUCUCAGGUCUCAAUCUGACUUUGCGCAGAUGAACCAGAUCUACUCCAGCAUGUUUGGCUCCGAGCCCCCCUCUCGAGCAUGCGUAGGAGUAGCCAUCCGCGGCGGCAAUUCGGAAUGCUUGAGCGAGGACGCAGCUCUGUCUUCUCAGCGGAUUGAUCUGGUAGAAAAGUCACAAGCGAAAUUCGUAAUUGAUGCUGUGGCUUUAGACGAUGGGUUGAGAUAUCGACCGGGUGGCGAGGUCACUGGUCAGCCACGCUUCGCGAGAACGGUGGUACACGUGCAGGGCCGCAGCUACUGGGCCGCAGCCAACAUAGGACCGUACAGCCAAAGCGUUAGAGCAGACUCACAUCUGACCAUCUCUGGUCAAAUUGGCUUGCGCCCGAUGGAUCUAAGCUUGGCGGAGGAUGUCCCCACCCAGCACGCCAUGGCCUUGCAACAUGCUCGACGGAUCCUACAAGUAGCACUGGAUGCACAGGGACGUGCAUCUGCACACUGGAUCGAAAGCUGCAUAUGCUGGCUCGAAGAUGGCCCAUCUAGCUGUGGUCAAAGCGGAUCUUUUUCGCUACUCGAUGAGCGUCAAAGGAGGCUGCGCACCGCGAAAGCGGCGUGGAAUGCGCAGAUCGCUAAUCGAGCGUCUGGAUCGGAUUCGGGCUCUGACGCCGAGGAUGAGGCACAGUCGCCCUCUUUCGACGAGACGUGGCUAGGUUCGCACGCUUCGCCUUCCAGCAUUCCCAUCACCUACGCACUUUUGCCGUUCGGCGCUUUGCCGAGAGGUGCAGCAGUCGAGUGGCAGCUUACGGCAAACGAUGGUAGUCGAGGUACAGCGCGGUAUCCAGCAGACGACGAAGCGAAUGAUGCAAAUCAAGAGGCGGACAGUGACAGUGACGGCGAUUCGGAAGAGGGCGUAGAAAUGCCGCUCUUUGCAGAGGCAAAUGAGCUCUUGCAGCUCGCUGAGAAUUUGUGGCGAGUGCAGUGGAAGUCUGCAGGCUCUCUCAGGGGCAAGAAGGGUUUUGCCGUCGUGCAUGCCACCAGAAUAUCCACCACAGAGGCUGCCUCCCUACCUGCACCUGAUCCACAAAGCAACAAUUUGGUCGCAGGAGACAAUGCAGAGAGGAAGAGUGCAUUUUUGCGGAAUGCCCUGUCCAUUCGCAUCUUGUACUCGGAGCAGGUCGAUGAAUGGGAGGCUCGCGGCUUGACGGAAGAGCUGCUGCAAAGCUCGUUGGCGGAAGGAACAUCUCCACCAGCCCUCACAUUCGUGCCAGUGGUGUCCGUCUUUUCCCACUCAGGACGUGACGAAGGGCCCGCGGACCUGUGUCUGCUGAUCAUGACCGCCUAGCUUCAGGCAUGUAAUGCUGAUCAUGUUGCAAACAUUUG